AACAGAGCCAAUGGACAGAGCAGGAAGUUGCUUCACACUGGGGCAGAUUUUUCAAUGUGUACAGUUGCUUCAGGAUCUACUUCAACAUGGCCACCUUCGGCACAGGUGAAAACGAACCUGCACAGACUGACAGUAAUGCCAGUUACCUCAGAGCGGCCCGGGCUGGAAACCUUGAGAAAAGCCCUUGAUUACAUAAAGUCUGGCGUGGACAUCAACAUCUGCAACCAGAAUGGGUUGAACGCUCUUCAUCUAGCCUCUAAAGAAGGGCAUGUGGAGGUUGUGGCUGAGCUUAUUAAACUUGGUGCCACCGUGGAUGCGGCAACAAAGAAAGGAAACACCGCUCUGCACAUAGCAUCACUCGCUGGACAGGUGGAUGUCGUGAAGGAACUUGUGACUCAUGGAGCGAAUAUCAACGCCCAGUCUCAGAAUGGCUUCACACCACUUUACAUGGCUGCCCAGGAGAACCACCUGGAUGUAGUCAAAUUCCUCCUGGAUAACGGAUCCAGUCAGAGCAUUGCCACAGAGGAUGGCUUUACUCCACUGGCCGUAGCUCUUCAGCAAGGACAUGAUCAGGUGGUAUCUCUGCUCCUGGAGAACGACACCAAGGGGAAGGUGCGACUACCUGCCCUGCACAUCGCCGCCCGUAAAGACGACACCAAAGCAGCAGCGUUACUUCUGCAGAAUGAUCACAAUGCAGAUGUUGAAUCUAAGAUGAUGGUCAAUAGAACGACAGAGAGUGGCUUCACCCCUCUCCACAUAGCAGCUCACUACGGCAACAUCAAUGUAGCGACCCUGCUCCUGAACCGCGGGGCUGCCGUAGACUUCAAGGCGAGGAAUGACAUCACACCUCUCCAUGUGGCAUCGAAAAGAGGAAAUGCCAACAUGGUCAGGCUGCUGCUGGAGAGAGGGGCCCGAAUUGAUGCCAAAACCAAGGACGGCCUGACACCUUUACACUGUGGAGCGAGGAGCGGUCAUGAGCAAGUAGUUGAGAUGUUGCUAGAUCGCGGAGCACCAAUCCUCUCUAAGACAAAGAACGGCCUGUCGCCGCUGCACAUGGCCACGCAAGGAGAUCAUCUGAACUGUGUUCAGCUCUUGCUUCAUCAUGAUGUGCCUGUGGACGAUGUCACCAACGAUUACCUGACAGCCCUGCAUGUCGCUGCACACUGUGGACACUACAAAGUUGCCAAGGUCCUUGUGGACAAGAAGGCCAAUCCUAAUGCCAAAGCACUGAAUGGUUUUACUCCACUUCACAUUGCUUGCAAGAAGAACAGGAUUAAAGUGAUGGAGCUGCUGCUGAAACAUGGAGCGUCCAUUCAGGCUGUGACUGAGUCUGGACUCACGCCGAUUCAUGUGGCCGCUUUUAUGGGCCAUGAAAAUAUUGUGACUCAGCUGACAAAUCACGGAGCGUCUCCUAACACGAUGAAUGUGAGGGGAGAGACGGCGCUCCAUAUGGCUGCCAGGGCAGGACAGGCAAACGUGGUGAAAUUCCUGGUGGCGAAUGGAGCAGACGUGGACGCUAAAGCCAAGGACGAUCAGACACCGCUGCAUAUAUCCAGUCGUCUGGGAAAACCAGACAUAGUCCAGCAACUGCUCCAACACGGGGGUUCACCCGACGCUACCACCACAUCCGGAUACACACCUCUCCACCUGGCCGCACGUGACGGCCACAAAGACGUGGCAUCCAUCCUGCUGGACAACGGAGCAUCUCUUGGCAUCACCACCAAGAAGGGAUUCACUCCCCUGCACGUUGCAGCCAAAUACGGGAAGAUUGAAGUUGCUAACUUACUGCUACAGAAGCGAGCGCCACCUGACGCAGCUGGGAAGAGUGGACUAACACCACUGCAUGUUGCUGCGCACUACGAUAACCAGAAAGUGGCCCUCCUUCUGUUGGACCAAGGAGCAUCCCCACACGCAGCAGCGAAGAAUGGCUAUACUCCACUGCACAUAGCUGCCAAGAAGAACCAGAUGGAGAUAGCGACCACGCUGCUCGAGUAUGGAGCUGAUACCAAUGCCACAACGCGCCAGGGCAUCAGUCCUCUCCACCUGGCAGCCCAGGAGGGCAACAUUGACAUGGUCACGCUCCUGCUCGCCCGUGAAGCUGCCGUCAAUCUGGGAAACAAGAGUGGACUGACUCCUCUUCACCUGGCGGCUCAAGAGGACAAAGUCAGUGUUUCAGAAGUGCUGGUUAAUCAUGGUGCCACAGUGGACCCAGAGACUAAGAUGGGAUAUACACCCCUGCAUGUCGCCUGUCACUAUGGAAAUGUGAAGAUGGUGCACUUCCUCCUGAAGAACCAGGCUAAAGUCAACGCCAAAACUAAGAAUGGAUACACACCUCUUCAUCAGGCUGCCCAGCAGGGUCACACACACAUCAUUAACCUUCUGCUGCAGCACGGAGCCUCUCCUAAUGAGCUGACAGUGAAUGGAAACACUGCCUUAGCUAUUGCCAGGCGGCUGGGUUACAUCUCUGUGGUCGACACGCUCAAAGUCGUGACAGAGGAGACGCACACUACUGUGACUGUGACAGAGAAACAUAAAAUGAAUGUUCCAGAAACAAUGAACGAAGUUUUGGAUAUGUCAGAUGAUGAAGUCCGUAGAGCCAAUGUCCCAGAAAUGCUCAAUGAGGACUAUAUUUCAGAUGUUGAUGAAGGUGAGGAAGCGAUGACAGGAGAAACGGACAAGUACCUGGGACCGCAAGACCUGCGCGAGCUCGGAGACGACUCUCUCCCGCAAGAGGGAUACGUGGGAUUCAGUGUUGGAGCCCGCACGGCCAGCCUGCGCUCCUUCAGUUCGGAUAGGUCCAACACACUCAACCGGAGCUCCUUCGCCCGUGACAGCAUGAUGAUCGAAGAGAUCCUGGCGCCAAACAAGGACACGGGGGUCUGUAGAAACAUACCCACCCUUGUUGACUCUCAUUAUAAGGUAUAAAAUGCAUUGAGGAAUUCUGCAUUGUUUCUUAUUCCAUAAACCAAUGCAGGCAAACAUGAGCUUUGCUCCGCAAGAUGCAUUUGUUGUUGUUCUUUUAUGUUCUGCUCUUCAGGCCAGAUUCUUCCUGGGUUCGCAUCCCUUUCGAUAUCAGUUGUAUUUUUAUAGCUUAGCUUCUCACAUAGUUUUGGCUGUUUUGAUCUUGCAUCAGGGAUUUUCUUCCAUUAUCUUCUACCUCUUUUAAAUAAUUCUCCUGCAUGUUGUUUUGUUGAUUGUCAUUGUCAUCAUAAACCACAAGAUGAGGCGAUAAUUGUGCGGUUGAGUUGUUAAUUGCAGAGAGCAGAGCCUCAGUCAAGAGUAUUGUGAAAGCCAAGGUUCACCACAGAACCGCAGUGAAUGGAAAUAUGAGUAGUUUGUUCAGUUCUGA